AUGACAACUGAACAUGAUCGCGCUGUUCUCAAUCAGAUCUUGAAUCCGUUGAUGCCAACAACGCAAGUAACCAACAACGAUAUCCAAUACGAAGAAAUAAAAAUUGACCACGAAGGAUACGUCGAAAGUGUAAAAUUGGAACAACAAGGUGUGAUUUUGGCUGAAGGCGGAAAAAUCGAUGAAGCAAUUGAAAUAUUUACAAAAGCAAUUGAGAAAUGUGAAAUCAAUCCUUCUGCUUACAAUAAUCGAGCUCAAGCUUACAGAAUGCAGAAAAAACCAAAUGAAGCCAUGAAUGAUUUGAACGAAGCUCUCCGGUUGAGUCCAGCCAAGAGCAAAAUAGCCUGCCAAGCUUAUGUACAACGUGCUAGUAUCUACAGGUUGCAGGAUGAAAAUGAGAAAGCCCGGGAAGACUUUCAAAAAGCUGCAGACCUUGGUUCGUCUUUCGCCCGAAUGCAGUUGGUCGCAUUGAAUCCAUAUGCGGCGAUGUGCAACAAAAUGUUGUCCGAAGUUUUCGAAAACUUGAAACAAGGAAAACAAUAG